ACAGCUUAAACUAACAGACUCAAUGUCUGGGCGCUCUUGUCGAGUAUCUCAGACUAUGUCACGUUAUUUGUAGAUGAUUGUAUGGACUGUAGGCUACAAUGCUGUUUUCUCAAAGAAAAAAACUGAGGGGAACCAGUUGGAAUGAGCUACUGUAUCUCUUCGUUCUCUGCUCAGCACAGCAUUCAGCCCAACCUGAGACUAGGCAGGUGAAAGGCAUCGUGGGAAAGUCUCUCUCUUUUCCAGAAAAGGUGUUGAAGUCUGGCACUUUACUUUAUGAAGACCUUGGCAAUAUUGCACAGGUGCACCCUGGUAAACAAUGUAAUACAAACCUUGAGAAGAGAUUUGAAAACCGCCUUCACUGGAACAAUGUUACUGGAUUCUUCACUUUGUCAGACCUACAAAUAGACGAUUCUGGGAUUUACACUGUGGACAAUGCAGAUGAAGAGAUGACCGAUGCAUUUCAGCUGACUGUGUACUUUCUGUCCAAACCUCAAGUGACAGUCCAUGACAGCAGCUCCUGUAGUGUGGUGUGUUCUGUGGAGAACGGGAGAGAUGUGACCUUGUCCUGGUACCGAGGAGAGGAGAAACUCAACCAGACGAGCAGCCCUGACCUCAAUAUCACACUCUCUCUACCUCUCAAGGUGGAUGAACAGAACAGAGAGUCUUACAGAUGUGAGGCUGCCAACCCAGUCAGCAAGGAGACAGCUGUUGUUCCAAAUCCCUGUAUAGAGAGUGAUCCAUCCAAGGUGGCAGAUGGUGAUGAGAGGACUCAAGGUUGUCUUAUUAUUGCUGUAAUCUGCGUUCUGGUUGCUUCAGGUCUUGUUGGACUUGCAAUCUAUCUUAAGAAGAGGAGAAACGGACACUCACAUGCAGGUAUUAAUCUUAUAGGAGGAGCGAAGAGGUAUACCAGAACUGGAUCUGCUUAGAGACAACACUAACCUGAACAUUAGUUUAUUAUACACUCCAGUAACAUCACAUGGCUGCCAGCGAGGAUGUUGACACAGCAUGAAGGAGAGAGAGAACAGCAAGUUACUGAGAGGGUAACAUGAUAAUUCACAUCCAAGAGAAGGUGUUACCUCUUACAGUGGAUGUUGAGACAAAAUUAUAGUAAAUAUUCAUCUGGAAAACUUAAUGGAGGCACAGUUGUUACUGGAGGAAAUUCCCAUUUAACGAUUGUGCUGUUAUCAUUUCAAACUUCCUUUGUUGGUCAUUCUCACAGUCUCUUGUUGAUUUGGGGGCUCGAUGAGAUUCACUGAUGCAGACAAAUUCAAUAACUAUGCCUAGGGUUAUUAGUAGGAUGAUCCCUCUUUUCAAGUGCCCAUUGUCCAAAUGUAUAGGUUAUUAAAACAAAUGGAACCUCUUUUAAUACAAUUAAUUAGUGUACUUACUAUACUACUGCUGUGCCAAAGCUUCUUUUCAGUAUUGUCUGUUCUGUUGUUUAAAUGUAGGUGCCGCCCCUGUAUAUUUUUUUUAUAACUGGUCAUUAUUUAGCUUGCCAGUGGAUAGCAGCUGUGAACAUAAAAAGUAGAUGUUUGGUGAGAAAAAGCCACCUACUCCUCAGCACAAUGGCUAUAAGUGUAAUGGCUUUCGUUGGUGGAAGGACCAAAAUGCAGCAUGGUACGUAUCCAUAAUAUCAUUUAAUCGAGAAUGAAUACAAAAUACAAAAGAACAAGAGAAUAAAUGAAAAUCGAACUAGUACCGAUUGGUACUAACACAUGAAACAAUCACCCACAAAACACAAUAGAAAACAGGCUACCUAAAUAUGGCUCCCAAUCAGAGACAACGACUGACACCUGCCUCUGGUUGAGAACCAUACUAGGCAAAACACAUAGAAAUAUAACAUACAGAACAAAACAAAGAAUGCCCACCCCAACUCACGCCCUGACCAAACUAAAAUAAAGACAUAAAAACGGAACUAAGUUCAGAACGUGACAAUUAGGCUACGUUGGAAACCACCAAAUUCUGUUGAAACAUUUCUGAGUGGUAGAUCUUGAUUUGCUUUUUGACUCAGAAAGUGAUCUUUGGUGACAUUUUACUCUUAUUGCUUUUCACAAAAUGCAGACUUGAUUAAGUGUAGUUCAGAUCUUGCUUUGACAAUAACUGUGUUCAUGCAGUUUGAAUGUACGGUUCAAUGUUUUGUUGUGGACCCCAGGAAGAGUUUUGUGCUCUGAGCCAGUGUACACCAAUUUGUACUCUGAGUCAGUGUACUGUAUAUUGUAAGUGUAGCUUAAAUCAUGUGUCAGCAAAAUGUUCUCUAACCGUUCUAUGCUUUUACAUUUGGACUGUGGUCAUGCAUUAUUGUGCCAAUUUAUGUUUUAUAUAAAAACAUGUCUUGUAAAUUCUUCCAUGCCAAAUAUAAUUUUAAUCACAUUUGGUCAGAAAACAUGAGUGCCUCAUUUAUCAUUCUGUGUAUUUAUGUGAUGUGUUUUUCUACAAUUUUCAGAUUGUGCAAUACAUUUUAACUUCCUGAUUCCUGAUCUUUAGCAUUAUGGUCAGUGUGAAGAACUGUCUUUGGCUCCUCCUAAAACAGAUGUUUCUGCAGCUCACACUGACAACCCCUCCUUCAGUGCACAGUUGUCAGGGUGUUGAACUUUUUCACCAGAAACCAGCAUAUAUGUAUAACUAAUUAAGUGUAUAAAAAAAAUACUUUCCCACAAUCUCUUUCACCUGCUGAGUUUCAGACUGAGCUGAAUGCUGGGCUUCACAGAGUAGAUAGCUUAGAUAUCUCAGUAUCAACACACUUGUCACAAAGUAGAGUAUAUAUUAUAUACGUAAGCUACACCAUUUAGAGUCUGUUUUUUCCAGUUAAGACCCCAAAAACGGCAGUCUUGUUUUGCUCAUGCUGCAACACUUGUCAUGAAACUAACUACAACAUUUUCACCCAUCUCACUUGUCUGCCCAUGAUCUAUUUAAUAAAGCACAUGACCUGUUCCUCAA